AUGAAUGAAAUAGAUCAAAACCCAAAACCUCAAAAGGCUGGCAGUCAACCACGAAAGAAAUCAAAUGAUAAUAAUAAAUCAAAUGAUGAUAAUAAAUCAUUUGGUGAUUCGCCAACUCUUCCACCAAUUUCAAAUGAAAAUAUCGUAGAAUUUUCCAAUCUAGAAUCUUCCCCUCUUUCAACAUCACCAAGAACAUCUACACUACCAUUUAACAACAUUGCUGCCGUAAAUUCUUCUUUAAAAGUAUCCAAAAGUCUUGAAAGACCAACCAAGACAGGACUUCAUUUAGAAUCUCCCCCAUCUUCAUCUAACCUUGCUGUAAAUUCACAAUAUACUAUUUAUUCACCUCCUUUCCACCACCAUCAAGUGACCUCUCCUAGAACCUCUCCCCCUCUUUUUACUACAACUUCUUCUUCUCAACCAUCACAAACCUCCUUUCCAACUUCAGGCCCAUUAUCGCCUAAUCUUUUGACUCAUAAACAAGUAUCAAAUCAACAACAUGCACACUCGGUAAAUUUGGUUGGUGAGUUGAUGUACGUAUUUGGAGGAUGUGAUUUACAUACAUGUUUCAAUACUGUCUAUGUUUUUGAUGCUGAUACUAUGUAUUGGAGUAAACCAAGAGUUAGCGGAGAAGGGCCACCACCAUGUAGGGCACACUCUUCAACACAUGUAGAUAAAAAAUUAUUCAUAUUUGGUGGAGGAGAUGGUCCAGUAUAUUUUAAUGAUUUAUAUAUUUUUGAUACAGAAACAUUAACAUGGUUUAAGCCUCCGACAACUGGAGACACUCCAUCGCCACGUAGAGCACAUACCACAGCAUACUACAACAAUAGUAUUUAUGUGUUUGGUGGUGGAGAUGGUGCACGAGCUCUCAACGAUGUCUAUAUGCUGGAUAUAUCUGAUUUGAAUAAAUUAGUUUGGAAAAAAAUAGAAACUAAUGGAAUUGCACCGAUUUCUAGAGGAUAUCAUACUAGUAAUUUGGUUGGAAGCAAGUUGGUCGUUUAUGGCGGAAGUGACGGCCAUGAAUGUUUUAGUGAUGUUCAUAUCUUGGAUUUAGAAAAAAAUAAAUGGACUAAAGUUCAUAAUGGAAAAGCCAAUCCAAGACUUUCACAUACAUCAACUGGUGUUGGAUCGUAUUUAUUUAUUGUUUGUGGUCAUGAUGGUACAAGAUAUACAUCUGAAUUACUGUUGCUAAAUUUAGUUUAUGGAACACAGCCAACUGGACGCGGAUAUCAUACUACAAUAUUGUAUGAUUCAAGACUUUUUGUGUUUGGAGGAUAUGAUGGAAAAGUUGUAUAUGAUGAUGUUUACGUUUUAGAUUUGUCUGCACAUGCCUAUUUACCUCAAAUCACCAAUUUUGAACUUCCUGAUCUAUCACAAUAA